AUGGAGGCCAAGAAUGCGCUCAAGUUGGCCGGCCUCGAUGAUGCCGACAAAUACUUCGAUGCCAACGGCGACGAGGUGGUCGUGGUUGAGCCUACCGACCCCGACGAGGAUCGGCUGAUGGCCGAAAAGCAACUUCUGGCCCAACACUACGCCGUGACGACAAGCCCAUCUUCGAUUAGAGAAUGCGUACGAGUGAACAACGCUCCUGAAACCGGCGCCGGCACUCCUUCUCCCGGCAAGCCCAGCCAGACGACAUCGGAUUGCCCCAAUUACUUCUCCCUUUCCGACCCGGACGUCUUUCAACGACUGCUGGCGGCUCUCAGCGCCAAGCCGGAGCCACGAUGCAACGUCAAACCGUCUAUCGCCUGCGCUCCUCUCCCACCCGUCUCUCCUCCCAAUAUCUUUGGCCAGACUGCCUCUGCAGACAUCCGCUCCUCUCGCAGUGCAUCAACCGAAUCAGCCCAAUCCUCUCCAGUUUGGCCUCAACGCAGCUCGUCUACCAACUCGCAUAAUGGCAUCGUGACAAGCGAUGACACGUCCACGUCAGCUGGAUUGGCUGGCUCUUCUGACCACAGACGCAUCCGGCCCGGUGACAUGAAGGCCCUGAUCGACUGUGUCUCCACGGUACAGUCAAAGGCGGAGUCUGCCAACCCGAAAAAGUCGUCCGAAUCCGUCUCCCCACACCCCUACGUCCCGGCUCCUCUUCCCUCGGACCCUCUUCUCGCCGCGGUGGUCAUCAAUUGUGCAACCGCCAGCAUGGUCUGCCAAUUGGCCACCGCGGUCUGCAACAUCUUUCUCACCACCGGCACCCUCAGCUCCGACAUGACGGAAAAAACGCUUCCGCUGCUCGUCUGCCUCCAGAGGGUCAUCUCCUCUCUCAAUCCGCCCAAUCUGGAGGCUCUCAUACACUCGGUGAAGAUGGCGCCCAGCCUGACGGAUCAGGAUCGUCGUCAGCUGGCCGAGGUGCAGACGAUCGCGACAGAAUCGAUUCGAGCCAACCUCUUCGCGUUGGACGACUCCAACAUGACCGCUCUCACACCGUGCCCAACUUCAGACGACUCUUCUGUCAUCAAUUGCAAGUCGUCCGGCGAUACCGGCUCGGCUGGUUCCACAGCCUCAAGGUCAGUCGGUUGUCGAGAGCAUUGGUCCACUCGCCGUUACCUCUGCCCCUAUUCUGGAUGUACCGACGUGUUUGUCGGUCGGCUCAACCUGAUUGAGCACAUUCGCCGGCACACUUUGGGCCAAAUCAAGCCGAGUCCGGGACAGACGUCACGGCCGAGGGCAGAUGUCAUUUCGCCGGGUCCACCGAGGCAGAUGCAUCCUCGACCCGAAGCCGUGCCAGCGUCAGCCGGUCUCCGAGCGUCGCCCGACCGUUGUCUGCACCACGAAAACCCCGCCGUCUUGGAGGAGGACUCGAGCGAGGCCGUCGAGACUGUCAAGCUCGAGGAGAAGUGCCAACUUGUACCGAGUUCCGCGGAAGACGUGGACGUGGACGUGGACGUGAAGGUGAACGUGAGCACAAACAAGGCGCAAGAAGAGGCGCAGGCUGACUCGGAGGCCGGUCGGCUGGCGCCCGCCUGUGGACUGAAGAUCUUCGUGUGCGAUCGGUUCGGCUGUUCACGACGCUUCUUCUCCACGCCCGAUCUGGAGCAUCAUAAGCUCAUCCAUCUGGUACCGCAGAGUGGCGAUCCUGUUCGCAAACAUCUCUGUCCCUAUCCCGGCUGUGGGAAAAGCUAUUCCAAACUGAACAAACUGCGAGAACAUGUCCGCUCGCACACCGGCGAACGGCCCUACGUCUGCGAUCAUCCCGGCUGUGGAUCGACGUUCAUUCGUGUCUACGCCCUGAAACGGCACAAACAACUGCACGACUGUUCCCGUCGCAACGUCCUCUCGCGUAUGCUCACCAAACGUCGCAGCUCAGCUGCCACAGCCACGGUCUCGAAGGCGCCGCCUCUCAAAGUGUUGUCCACUGACAACGCGGCCACUCCGACCGAGGUCCAAUGUCCAGUCACCAUUCCGCCGGCCUUGACGACCAGAAGCGGCAUUGGCUCCGACGCCUCUUCGUCCGGAGACGGCCUGGCAGACAAUGGAUCUGGAUGCAGCACCAGCAACAGCAGCAUCGUCAUCCGCAACAACAAC